AUGGCCGAAUCUAUUAGUGGACCUGAACGAAUCAUAUUAAAUUAUGAGACAUAUCGAUCAACACUGACUGAUUAUCCAAAUACAUUACUCGGCGAGAUGUUUCAUGAACAAAACCGAUAUUUAUUACAACCAGUCAAUGGGAAUGAAUAUUUCUUAGAUAGGAAUAGUCGUGCAUUUCAUUACAUACUGGAAUAUUAUCGAACGGGAAAGAUUGUAUGGCAAGAAUCAUCGAAUAAUGGAGUAACACGUAAAGAACUUGAAGCAGAAAUCGAGCAUUUUGAAAUUCCCAAAACCGAAAUACUGAAACCAUUUACCACAGAAGGAGUUGCCACCUUAAUAGAAGAAUUCACCACAAUGAUGAAGGCUGUUGGCGAGGAAAUCAAGAAAAGUCUACGCACUCGAUUGACUAUUGUUUUUCCUGCUUUUGAUUUUAGUCUGUUUUCGGUUUAUCCGCCUCUUGAAACUAUAGUUCCGCUUGUUAGACCUUUUGCGCAAAAUGGAUCCCCAAUUUCUGAACAUUUUGGUGAUACUAUUGCUGAAGAUCUGGAAAAUGUCUUCCCGGGCGCGAGUUUUGAAGUUUUUAAUGCGGAUAAAGCGUCGGAUGGUUAUGUUUGGAAAUGGAAUAUUACAAUUCCACUUGGGUUUGAUAGUGGUCGUAUAAUGGAUCAAAAUACUCCAAGGCGAAAUCUUUAG